CAUCUGCUGUCUAAGAGGCGAACCGGAGCGUGACACGACAGCGAUCUUCAUGCGUAAAAAUGACCGUGGCCACCAUUCAUCGGGGCUUGUGAUGACGAAUUAACAGCUGAAUUGUUGGGACAACCCUCUGCAUCGUCUAUCAGAGCGCCUGUCAGGGGCACGGUCGCUGGGCUGUUUGUCCGUUUAUGACCCACCCCACUGAUCUUUUGCAGAGUGUAAUCUUAUCAGUGUCAAACCGUAGCUGCCCUUUCCCCACGGUCAGAUCCCGUGCGUCUUAGGAGGGCGUUUGUCUCCAAUUUUGGAUAAAAGACGAGGUUCUAUUUGACACAUUUCCUCCACCAGCUAAGAAUCUAGUUAUAGAUAAAAGUUAAAUGCCCUUUUGGAUGUGUCCUAAAAUGUGGAUUUGACCAAGUGAAGUUAUGGAUCUUACAUGUAAAGAGAGGAGUCUUCUGUACUUACUUUUCUUUGCUAUCUGCUCUGCCAACGUUUGCUUUGGUACCAGAAGAUCAAAUGCGCGGAGAUCUGAUCGUCUAAGUCCUCCAUUGGACAUCCAGCUGGAGACACUGAAUUGUAGCGCCUUCAGUGUGCGAUGGAAGAUGCCCCGCAGACAUGUCAGCACAAUCACUGGAUACAAGGUCUUUUACACAGAGAUGAAGAAUGGUCGGCCAGUUAGUACAACAUCCAUCAUGGAGGUCCCUCUAAGUUUGGAAAUGCUGACCACUGGGCAAUUUGAUGGACAAACCAGCUUUGAUGUACACAUUGGCAGUCUAAAGGUGAACUCUAAAUACAGAGUCAGUGUCGGAGCCUACGGUUGGGCCGGGGAGGGUAGACCCAGCAUGCCCAGAGACAUAAGUACUGCUUCACAUGAGAUGUGCAUGCCCCCUUCACCUCCGACUCAGCCGGUUGUCAUGGCCGUAUCGGACACAGAAUUGGCUUUGUCGUGGCAGGAAGGAGAGAGUCAGGGAAGCUCCCCUGUUCUCCACUUCCUGGUGGCUUACAUCAGGCCAGAAAUGGACACAGAGUGGAUUUAUAUACGUGAGCCCAUUGAGACCAGCUCCAUGGUUCUAAAAGGGUUGCUACCAGAAACAGAGUACCAGUUUGUUGUCAGAGCAGUCAACAUGCACGGCGUAAGCCCACCCAGCCACAUCAACAACCCUGUGCGAACUCUUGGCCCAUUAGAUGUGGGCAGUGGGGAUUUGGGGCGUUCCAACACAGAUUACAGAUUUAAAGAUGAAGAUGGAUUUGACAUUGAUGACUCAGAUUAUGAUGUGUUUAUCGAAGAGUUGAAGCCAUUCCCAGGUAUAGGUGAGAACAACGAGAAGUCUCAACUCCGUUCACAUCCUGGGCCGCCAUCUGGUCGAAAUGUUGUUUACCGUAUGAACAGUGAAGUCCCUCCAAAUGUCAUUGAUCAACCAGUUACCAUGACCGCCUCUUCCAUAUUCUCAGAAUUCACAGAUCUGGUUUUAAUAGUCACCUCAGAGCCCAGUAGUACUGCUGACACCCUAACUACUGCUCCACCCACCACUACCAGCCCACCUUUGCCCACCACCACUUCCAUUCCUACCAUCUCGUCCUGGCAAGGUGGGAUCCCACGUGUGUACGACCUGACUUGUGGUGAUACUGUGUGUCCGCCUGACAGUUUCUGCCUCACUGAUUAUGAGAGUGGAGGUUCACGCUGCCACUGUAACCUUGGACGUAGAGGAGACACUUGCUCUGAGACUGUAGCAGUGAACUUUCCCAGGUUAUAUGGCUACUCUCACAUGACAUUUGAACCCCUGAAAAAUUCAUACCAGACCUUUCAGAUCACUUUAGAGUUUAAGGCAGAAUCUGAGGAUGGCUUGUUGCUCUACUGUGGAGAGAAUGAACAUGGCCGCGGAGACUUUACCUCUUUAGCUUUGAUUCGAGGCAAACUUCACUACAGGUUCAACUGUGGCACUGGAGCUGCACAGAUAAUCAGCGAGAGUCCUAUUGUUCUUGGUCAGUGGCACGUUGUUACUAUAUUCAGAGAUGGCAUGAGUGGAUGGCUCCGUAUGGACAAUGACAACCCCAUAUCUGGGCGCUCACAGGGUCAAUACACUAAGAUUACUUUUCGCUCGCCAUUGUAUGUGGGUGGAUCUCCUAGUGCAUACUGGCUGGUCAGGGCGACAGGCACAAAUCGUGGCUUUGUAGGUUGCAUUCAGCGUCUGACCAUCAACAACAAGGCUACAGACAUCAGGCCAUGGCCUCUAGGAAAAGCUCUCAGCGGGGCUGAUAUAGGUGAGUGCAGCGACAGUAUGUGUGAUGUGGUUAGCUGUGCCAACGAUGGAGCCUGCUUCGCAAACCGUGCUGAUGGCUACAUUUGCCUCUGUCCACUUGGCUUCAAAGGAGCUCUUUGUGAAAAGAGUUUCUCUCUGUCCUCACCCCUCUUCAAUGAAACUAUGUUUUCAUACGCUGUCAUCCAGUGGCCUCAAUCCUCCCAGAGUUACCUCUCCUUCAUGGAGUUUGAAGUGACAUUCUGGCCAUCAGCGCCCAGUGGUGUGCUGCUGUACAGUGAUGAUGCAGGCAGCAAAGAUUUCCUUGCCAUAAACCUGGUGGACAAAUACGUAGAGUUUAGGUUUGACUGUGGCUCUGGAGAAGCUGUCAUAAGGAGUGAAGAGCAGAUCAGUCUGGACUCCUGGCAUGAGUUAAGAGUAUCUCGCACUGCUAAAAGUGGGAUUCUGCAUGUGGACAACCAAAGACCAAUCGGGGGAAUUGCUGAGGGAGCUUUCACUCAGAUCAACUGCAGCUCACCUCUCUAUAUUGGUGGAGUGCCAGAAUAUGAAAAAACCAAAAGGACAGCAGGUGUAAUGAAGCCUUUUACUGGAAUUAUUCAAAAGCUGAUUCUCAAUGACCGCACCAUGCCAAUCACAGUUGGUUCUGCUGGUGGUGUAAAUAUUGCAAACUCAGUACACCCAUGUGUGGAAAGUCCCUGUGCCAAUGGAGGGACAUGCAGGCCAAAGUGGGAUGACUAUGAGUGUGACUGCCCUCUAGGGUAUGAUGGAAGGCACUGCCAGAAAGAGUGCGGGAAUUACUGUUUGAACACUGUGACUGAAGCCAUAGAAAUACCACAGUUUAUUGGCAGAAGUUACCUGACCUAUGACAACAGAGAUAUUCUGAAGAGAGUGUCUGGGUCCAGGACAAACCUUUUCAUGCAUUUUAAGAGCACAGCCAAGAAUGGUUUGUUGCUCUGGCGAGGAGACAGUCCAAUGAGACCCAACAGUGAUUUUAUUUCCAUGGGGCUUCAGGAUGGGGCUCUCAUUUUCAGUUAUAACUUGGGCAGUGGCGUGGCUAACAUUGUUGUCAACGGGACAUUUAGUGAUGGAAGGUGGCACAGAGUGAAGGCUGUCAGAGACGGCCAAUCAGGGAAGCUGACUGUUGAUGAUUAUGGAGCAAAAACAGGCAGGUCACCUGGCAAGAUGAGACAACUCAAUAUAAAUGGACCCUUAUAUGUUGGUGGCAUGAAAGAGAUCGCCCUUCACACAAACAGACAGUACCUGGGAGGACUGGUGGGUUGCGUGUCCCAUUUUACACUCUCCACUGACUAUCACUUAGCUUUGGUGGAGGACGCAGCCGAUGGCAAGAACAUCAACACCUGCUCCAACUAAAGGAUUUUUUACACAAGGGGGUCCAUUUUCAACAUAUUUACCAACUGGAUCUGUAACCCUGAAUCUGACUGGCCAGAACCAAAGCAGUGAAAACUCAAGUGUUUCCUAUUUUAAUUUUUUUUAUUUUUAAAUGCAUUAAAGGGUGUGUGUUGAAGCCACCCUAAAAAGAAGAACAGUGUUGUCACAUUUAUGUUUCUGUUAUCUUUUUGACCUGCAAAGUAAUAAAUAUAUUGUAAUUUGUAAAGAAUUUCUGGUUUAAACAGGAAAAAUUACUUCAGAGGCACAAGUGCUCUAUCUGAAGACAUGUUGUGUUCAUGGGUAAUUAAGUUUUUUAAAAAUUAAAUAAAUGAGUAAAUGAAUAAAGGAAAAAAAAAUACAUUUUUAUUGGACAAUUCUAACAUCUGUACUUUUUUUUAAACUAUUAAUCCUUCUUUGAUUGCUGGACGAGUUAAGUAAUGCAAGGGCACAAAAUUCAUCACGAACUUGAGUAUCUAGCAGAGAUAACCUUUCCAGAAAAUUUUGGGUUUGGCCCUUCAGGAGAUUUGUUGUCUUUGAUGUGAUAUUGCUAUUCUUGUUUGAAGUGUUUUGUCAUUAGUUUGAUACAUCUUGUAAUACGUAUUUGAUGACGUUAGUAUUUUCACAGUGUUUAGCUUUAUACAGUAAAGGGGUCAGCUGCCUAUAACAGUUUUUUCCCUCACUCAGUUUACUUAUCCUUCAUUUGGAUCUUUUAGGUUCGGUCACAUGAAAUUCUGAUCUUGACACGUGAAAAUGUGAGAGUAUUGCUGUCACCUGACAUAAACCACAUUUAGUGUGUUCUAGCCUUUAAAUUUCUUUGAUUUAUGUCCCAUGUUUUUAUAUCAGUAAACAAAUCUUUUUUGGCUGUUGCAUCAGUAUAAGAUUCUGUUUUUUACCCUGUAAGUAUAUUUAGUUUUAAAAUAUAAUUUAAGGCUCCUUUUACUCUAGAUUGAGACCGCACCAUGACAUUAAAAAUCAGCGAGAACAUAGAUGGUUCUGCAAGUUCAGGCAUGCAUCAAGAAUGUAUAAUGGACUAUGUAUCUGACUAUUUUUAGAAUGCCCAAAACGUCUGUGGUGAUAUCAUGGUGGCAGCAUAUGGAUUCUGGGCACUGCAUUGAGCAGCCUAAACGGGGCAGUGGAAGCUAGAUGAUGGGUCAUCACAAAAUUGGAAGACAUGGCCAUGUUGGCCACAUGGCGAGGCUACAACCAAAUGACGCUCAUACCGAGCGAAUCAAUGUUUCCAAGUAUUUUACAUGCAACUGGUGGCACAGUUGUUUUGCACAUUGCAUCCGGUUACCAAAAUAGGAUUUGCCCAGUCAGCUAAACUGAACAAUCCACAAUCUCUUUCCCAAUAAACACAGGUCUGUGAUCAGGCCACUGUGGAGAAGUCCACACACCUCCAAAUUGCAGAUACGCAGGUUGCCUGAAGACACUUUUGAAUUUUUCUGGUUGCAGUUCAAAGGCAAAGUGUACCAGUGACAUGUUGUUAAAGAAAAAAUAAGGAAGACGUUUAAGUAGGGAUCAUAGGGUUUAAAAUAAUUUUUUUUUCGAAAUCAUAUGCAGGAUUCCCUUGAGUUAUAUGGGCAAUACUAAAGAUUUUGCAAAGAAUACACAGAAUAAAACACAUUUCAUCAAUUCUAAUGUUUAGCUGAUGAAAGCACUGAUGAUAUUUACUCCUUCACAGCAAUACUGAGACUGAUGUUUGAGGUGCAGAAAACUUCCCAUGUGUAAAGAGGCAAUUUUGUAAACAUUGCUCCAUAACAUCUUAGUGGUGACAUGUGAUUCCUGUGGUGGUAGUGCUGUCGUACGAUGGCUGGGAAAGCAGAAGCAGCAAACCUCUUUGUUGGGUAGCAAGAGCGCAGUAGUGCCAUGACUGGCUUCACAACGGAAUUAGAUUUUCAUUAUUUGGUGCAAUUCAGCCACAUUUGAAUGGCCAUUGUUCUUGUGGAGAAUGUGGAGUGGUCUGUAUACAGUGUAAAGGGGGCCUAAGACAAUCAACUAUUCUUAAACAUGUUUCGUUAGCUAUAUAGUAGUUGCGUUAAAUUAUAAUAUUUAUUCGAUGUUCAUUACCAAUUUGUUUUACUUGCAGUUUGUCAUGUUGCAAAAUGAAGUUUGUGACACAGAAUAAUAAAAUCAAGUGUUGACUCAA